AUGGGGGUCAUUUGGGGUCAGCGCGGAGGGGAUGGACCUUUGCCGAAGCCAGGGGUUAGUAUGGCCAUCACUUUUUGCGAUGGUAAUUGGCAACGCGGCAGGCACGUUUUGCUGACCAAAGCGGAGUACGGUCUAACAGCGAUUGCGGGGAGCGAAGUGUUUCCUCGCGAUAAAGUUUCCGAUGCCUCAGUGUUCCCGGUUAUGAGUGGGCGCUCUAUUGACGGGAAGACCCGAAGGAUCGUCGUUCACCGUUUCUCAGCUCCAGUUUUGCGAACAAUGUACGAGGUAUGUCAGCUGACAUUAUCUCAUCUUCGUGCCAAGUUCAAUCGUCCCAGUCCUUGA